UAACUGUUGCAGCUGCCCGGAAAGCUAGUUUUAGACAAGUGGCUAGCCGUAGCCAGGGGAAUAACAUCGAAUCGUUGACUAGCUCAUGUGUUUAGCUGCCGUAUUUACACAAUUCCAGCUAGAGCAUUAGCAGCAAGUGGAGGACAAUUGACCAGAACUGGCAGAUUAGAGAUGGAAGCAGAUGACUGCAGUUUUCCUCUAGAUUCAUCAGAUGAUCACUCGCAAAGAGGAAGUGUUGCUUCCUCUGCAACACUUUCCCGUGCUCAAGAUGUGCUUAUAUACCUGUUUGGUGAGAGCGCAGUACACUUAACAGUAGAAGGCCUUGGCAGUGUCAAUGUGCAGGAGUUGGGCCGCAGUGUUCGCGAGGCUCUCCAUAUUUCUGAGUCUGUACAGGAUGCUUUUGCCUUCUGGCUUUGUUCUCCACUGCUCGAUUUGCAGUUAAAGGCAAGGCAUCAACCAUACAAACUGUGCCGGCAGUGGCAGGACCUGCUGUAUCGCUUCACUGAAGCCUCAGAGGAAGACAUUUCCCAAGAUGAACCAUAUCUCCAGUUCCGUCGGAAUGUGUUUUAUCCUAAAUCUAAAGAGCUGCAGAUAGGUGAUGAGGCCGUGCUGAGGCUUCUGUAUGAGGAGGCCAGGAGCAACAUCCUCACAGGUCGAUACCCCUGCGAUCCCGAACACUGGAUGGGACUCGGCGCCUUGUCUUUUGCUCUUGAUGAGGGAACUGGUCUUGAUGGUGAACAGUUUACUGCUAUUAUAAGAGAGAAGAAGCUAUCUUCUUUUCUGCCUGCGCAUGCUGCCAUGGGGAGUGGAGGUUUGUUCUCCACUCUGAGAGGGAAGUCGAGCCGUCAGGCAGGACUGGAGCAGAAACUCUUGGAGGCGUACAGAAAGAUCAGCACAUCUGCUGGAAAGUCUCCUGAGCCCACACAGCUCCUACACCAGUACCUUAAUACAUGUCACAAUCUGCCUUAUUAUGGGUGUGCUUUCUUCCUCGGGGAGAUUGACAAACCAGCGCAAGGGAUUCUUCAAAGGGGAAAACGCAAAGCUGUCAAUGUUGGGAUCUGCCUGGAGGGGGUUUAUGUGAUGGAUGUCAAAGAGAAGCAUGUGCUACUUGGCCUGCGUUUCAAUGAGCUUUCCUGGGACCACAGCUACCCCGAGGAGGAGGGGGACUCGCACAUUCUGUGGCUGGAGUUCGAUGGAGAGGAAGACGGCACUCCUGUCAACAAGUUGCUAAAGAUCUACUCAAAACAAGCAGAGCUAAUGAGCGGCUUUAUCGAGUUCUGUGUGGAGCUGAAGUCUGCGUCUGAGGGAGGAGCUGCAGCCGAAAUGGAUGGUGAGGUGAGUCUGCCUCAGCAGGCUGCCGGGCAAGAAGGCAGCAACAAGAACGGACGUGGAGGACGGCGUGGGAUGCUGCAUAGGCAAAACAGUGUUGUUUGCAGCCGGGUCCAUUCACUUAACACUAUCAGCUACGUGGACAAUGGAAAAGAAAUCAAACGCUUGAAGCCGAAAAGGGCCGCAUCCUUUUUUACCCGGCAGGCGUCUGCACCCACGUACUCUGCUGUGCAAGUGACAGAGAGUCUGGAGCAGGGUUAAUGUCUCUGAUCAGCUCCACCCUUUGCCUCUCAAAGACCAAACCUGAACAUUUUACACUGAGAUUGAAAGACUUGAUACAAGCGUGAGACAUUUUACUGAUAAUAUAUGAACAAGCAAAGGACCAAGCGAGGGAUCUAAGUGUGAGUGACAAUAUUUAUCUUUUGAAGUUGUGUAUAUUAAGAGAGUACGGUAAUGUGAAAAAUGAACAGAUCUAUUAACAGCAAUGCAUCCGAGGUUAAAGUGAAGAGUAUAUUCAUUAGAUGGCUAUUGCUUCAUAAGUCUGAGACGAGCCUUAGAGAAAUCCUCAGGCAACGACUCCAUUCAAUGACUGUAUGAUAUCUCAUGACAUUUCUGCAGCGCUCUCGAGCUGUUGUAUACUAUUCAAAAAUGUUAAACCUCAUUUUACUAUAACCACUGCAUUACCUCUUGAACUCAUAUUGGGGUUUUGAAGAUCGAGAACACCUCAAUAUAUCCCCAUACAACAUUAAACAUUUUGUAACUUCUCCUCAAAGCUGCAAGAGUUACAACAUACUCUUUACAGUCAGCAUGACAAACACUUUCAGGGGACGAUCUGAGGGCGUGUUCCCACUAUGCUGCUUUUUCAAACUGGCAGUGCCUUGUUCUCAUGAAAGGGUGAAGACACUUUAGAAAAGUAGUGGUAGAAACGUUGAGUGGUUGCCGUUAUUGAUCACAAAGAGUCUGUAUGGGAGCACAUGGUCUGUGCUGUGGACGUCUCUUGUAAGUAAAUGAUUUUAAGAGUUUGACAUGGUUUAAUAUUUGCAGCUGGUUAUCGUGGAAGCGCAGGUGGAACAUCCCACUUUUUUUUAUUAGUAAAAGCGAAAUGGCCUGAAUGUAAAAUGACAAAUUCACAGUAGGGAGUCCUCAGUGGGGAGCAAGAAUUGAUUUGCACCAAUGAAAGUCAAAAACCACCCAAACUGUAAAGUAGUAAAAAUGAAUUUAAUGAAAGCUAUGUCUAUUAAUUCCAAUUAAUGUACCAUACCAGUUAGAAUUUCAUACUCAACUUUUAACAUCUAAAUUGUCACAGUACAAGGUCUUAACUAUUACUUGCUUGGUCAGACCUGAUCAGCAAAGUACAACUGAUGCAAUAGUGCACUUGUGCAACUUCUGACAUGAGAGAGACUAAAAAUAAUUCUGUUCAGCACUACUUUUAACCUACGGACUCAAAAACUAGUCUGGCAAAUUCAGACUGCAGCCUUCAUGUCUAAAUUUCGGUUGGACAUUUGAAAUGAUUGUUUUCAUUGCAAACACAAUCACAAUUGACAUUAUCUGAAAGAAGACGGGGAACACUAUGUGACACUGCAUUUUUACACACUCCUGCGGGUUUUUAAUGGGUUAUUUUGUUUUAAAAAAAUAGAACAAUUGUCAAUUUCCCAUAAAGGAACAUUAAAUGCUUCAGUUUAUCUGAGAUAUGUGGUUUUCACUGGGCAGCAACUAUGUCCUCUGUGUGUGU